AGAGAGAGAGAGAGAGAGAGAGAGAGAGAGAGAGAGAGAGAGAGAGAGAGAGAGAGAGAGAGAGAGAGAGACUGUCUUUCUUUUUGUUUUUGGGGACUGACUCUUGUUUUCUCCCUUGCCGCUAUGCUUAAGGAUAGGUGAGGUUUUUUUUAACUUCUUCCUGGGGGGGAGAUAGAGAGAGAGAAAGUGAGAGGGAGAAGGAGGGAGUAAUUUAUUGUUUCCUGUGAAAAGAGCAAGGCUGCGCCCUUUUCUCCUGCAUGAACUCUGAACCACUAAAUGUGUGUCUGAAGUUUUCUCAGACCUUGGGAGCCAUUGAUCGGAGGUCAGGGCAGAGAACAGAGGGGUGAAAGACAAGAGCAGAGCGAGCAGGGGGAUUAAAGAAGAGAGAGAGAAAACCGCACUGGGAAGGACCUCCAGGUCAGUCUCAGCAGACGGCGGAGGAGCGUAAGGUCAACACGGAGGAGCCGGGACAACUUUUCAUCACAGUUUUUGGACAAAACCUGCCGUGAAUUACAAACCCGGAGCCACGGUCUUCAAGUGUGGAAGCAAUUUUUAGACUUAGAGGGUAACUAGGAGCUGGGGGCACAGGGCGGGUCUGUGAAUGAUCCAUUCACAGGACUGCACGUCUCAGAGAAUAUGGCCAUGGUGAGCGGGGGAUGGGGCAACCCCAAUGGGGACACUAAUGGACUGGGGGAGAAGGCUUACCUGAAGAGGGAGGAAGAGGACGGAUCGCCCCAGGCCGGCAGCAGCGACGUGGACGUCGGGGACGAGGACAAGGCCUGCGUGGUGGACUGUGUGGUGUGUGGGGACAAGUCCAGUGGGAAGCACUACGGCGUGUUCACCUGCGAGGGCUGUAAGAGCUUCUUCAAGAGGAGCAUCAGGCGGAGCCUCAACUACUCGUGCAGAUCGAAUCGAGAAUGCCAGAUCGACCAGCAUCACCGGAACCAGUGCCAAUACUGUCGGCUGAAGAAAUGUUUCCGAGUUGGGAUGAGAAAAGAAGCUGUCCAGCGAGGUCGUAUCCCUCCGUCCCACACGGGGAUCAGCCCCAACUCCCUGGCAGGUGGAGUCGGGGGUGCGGGGCCCGGUCACCUCGGGGCUGAGUAUUUCAACGGGCAGCCGGUUUCAGAUCUCAUCUCCCAGCUCCUCCGGGCUGAGCCAUAUCCCAGCAGCCGUUACGGGGGCCCCUACAGCCAGGCACAGAUGCAGACUUCUGCGAGCGGGGCCUCCGUCAUGGGCAUUGACAGCAUCUGUGAGCUGGCCGCCCGGCUCCUCUUCAGCACCAUUGAGUGGGCCAGAAACAUCCCAUACUUCCCAGAGCUGCCAGUUUCAGAGCAGGUGGCGCUGCUGAGGCUGAGCUGGAGCGAGCUCUUCAUCCUGAAUGCGGCUCAGUCGGCUCUGCCCCUGCACAUGGCUCCUCUGUUGGCCGCGGCUGGUUUCCACUCGUCUCCCAUGUCUGCCGAGCGUGUGGUGUCCUUCAUGGACCAGGUCAGAGUUUUUCAGGACCAGGUGGACAAGCUGAACCGGCUGCAGGUGGACUCCGCUGAGUACAGCUGCCUGAAAGCCAUCGCACUGUUUUCUCCAGAUGCAUGUGGUCUGACUGACCCGGCCCAUGUGGAUUCCCUGCAGGAGAAGGCCCAGGUCGCCCUGACAGAGUAUGAGAGAAUGCAGUACCCCAACCAGCCUCAGAGAUUCGGCCGGUUACUGCUGCGCCUCCCUGCUCUGCGCGCCGUGCCGGCCAACCUCAUCUCUCAGCUCUUCUUCAUGCGUCUGGUGGGCAAGACGCCCAUCGAGACGCUGAUCCGAGACAUGCAGCUAUCAGGGAGCUCCAUCAGCUGGCCCUACGUCCCGGGACAGUAAACUCCCGGUGACGACCAGAGUGAGAUGGACUGAGAUCAGAUAGGAAGUUCCCAGAGAUGACACACUCGUACAAAGUGAAUGUUAUGAACACAAACUAAGUGAUCAGUUUUUCCUCACUUAAGCCUUGUACAGUUUGGUGGUAGUCGCACCAGAAAACAAAAAUGUACAUUUGUUUGACGCACUUGACAGUUUUGUCCUCCGAUCUCUCUUGGUCUCACUCUGGAUAGAGGAAAAACAGGGCUUUAAUUAAAAUUCAGACUCUAACAUGAGGCCAUGUGCCUAUACUACCUCCUUCCACAUCACCUCAUAUGUGACUCAGUGUGACCCCAGGCCCGAGUGUUUUCCCUCUGCUUUGUGUUUGAGUCCAAAUGAAGCCAUAGCGGUGCCACUUUCCACAGACAUCUUUCAAGUUAUUUCAUGUUUGGUAUGUGGAUGAAAUAUCAUACGUUUUUACCAAAUGUAUUUGUGAAGACUGCAAAAUGUCACCUUGCACAGCGUUGAAACAAAGAAGAGGUGCGAGCAUCGUACUGCAGGUUCUACUCUAUAAGGUACUGCCAGUGUGCCAGAUGGGAAAUGCUAAAGUAUCGUACCAGAAGCUUCAAAUGAUUGUAUCUUGAGGAAGAUUAUUGUACGUGACCAGGGUAGGGAUGGGACGCUCAAUACCAACGUUUGGAAGCUGUGUCGAGAUUCCGAAAUGUACCUUCCCCCCCUGCUGGAACAAGCUUAGCCGAGCGCUAACGUUGUGCUUGUGAUUCACGUUCGUCAUCACGAGCAUGAAGUGUAAUCAAAACAUCGUACAAAUACGCUAAUUAUCGUACAUCUGGCAACACUGAGUACUACCAAUAAAUAUUAUGUAUGGUAUAUAUUUAAAGGCAUAGUGAAGCAUUUUGUGGAUUAAGUUUAUUUGCUCUCUUGCUGAGGGUCAGAUACAAAGACUGACACCAUGUCUGUACAGUAGCUGGCUAGCUGUCUAGCUGAUGCUAAUAACUUCCAGCAACUCUUAAGCUUGCUAGCUAAUAUGCUAUAUCAUUUUUUUCCAAUUGCACAUAACUCUGCAUACACUAGUUAAGGUUCUCAGCUUUUUUUUUUAGCAGCGAUGCCGGCGGAUAUUUUGUCUAUGACCAAAACGAGGCUAGCUGCUUCCCUGUCUUUCCAGUCUUUACGCUAAGCUAAGCUAAACAGCUGCUGGUUCCGUCAUCCUAUUGACUCUGAGGGUGGAAUCCAUCUUCUCAUCCUCAACAAGAAAGCAAACAACUUUAUUUUUCCAAAGUGCGGAACUAUGCCUUCGAUGUAGAACACGAUAACGUUGUUCCAGUAGAAAGUUAAGUGGAGGAGAAUAUGCUCGGACACACCCUGGCUCGCUCAGUCACAUCCCUGUCCAACAUUAUUACCUCAUGUUUUAUACAUCAAAGAUUGUAUCGUGAACUGUUCAUGUACUAAUAAUAUAAAGGGAUCAAAUUAUCACUAUCGCAGAAACCACAGAUAAUAAUAUUCCCUUAAAAAAACCUGUCUGUCCUUCAGACUUCAGCCAAAAUAUGUUUUGAGUGUUUUAAAAAUGUAAAGUUUGAUGUAAGAGGGCACGUGAAGUUGAUCCGAUCAUUUUAAAGGGAGUGGCACGGAGUCAAAUUACUCUCACGCUUUUCUGCUGAAUCUCUGCAGACUGGACAUUGUGUCUUUUGCCUUUGUAAGGGCAGAGGUACUUCAUUUUGUCACAUGUUCGAUCCCCUUUUCAAAAGAGUGUGCUGGUGCAAAGCGGUCACAUCGACUACACUUAUGCAAGGUCCUUGCAAGGUCGCGUGUUGAGGUUUAAAGGUCACGUUGUUUGUCGGUACUGAGAUAAAAGGUACAUUCAUGGCUCGGUGUCACAUGUGUUGGUCUUUCCACAAUAAUUGAGUGAAAGACAAUUUUGGCUUUUAAAGUUUUGUAUCCCCUAAUCUUAUCGGUUCUUAUAUCAUAUUAAAAAAAGAAGGUACCAAUGACCACAAUCCCUGAAGCAGCUCAUCGUGCUCUCCCUGAAUCACUCUGUGUUAUUUGUUGGAAUGUAAACUAGUGAUCUGACUGUUUAGCUUUGCAUUUAAAAGAAGUUUGUUUCUAUGACCAUGCCAAAACUUUAAAAAAAACAAAAACUAAUGCAACAGAUGUUCAUAUAGCUGACUGGUUAUUUUUGCAUUUCUGGAAAUAAAAGAAUGCACAUUU